AUGGUGAAGAUUGACGAAACAGGACGACUUAAAGAACCGAACAAACCGAGUAGUAGUACUUGGAAUAUUCGAAAACUACAAGAAACACAGUCCAGUGUUGACGAGCACCAUAUCAAGAUCUAUUUCAUGGAAUUGGCAGAGCGACCCGCAAUGAAGAUGAGAUUCAGCUACAUCUACCAAUGGAUGAAGAUGGUGAAGCAGUUGCACAGAAACCAAGACGAAUAA